AUCAUACGAUAUUUAUUAGAUGUUAAUUAUUUUAACUUGACCUUGCCUAAACUUACCUAUAUAAUAAUUUUCAAUUACUAUAAUUAUUAUAAAUUAAUUGUUUUAUUUAGUUGUAAAUACUUAUUACUAAAAAUAUGAAAACUAAUAUAGUUAUACUCCUAUCGAUCGUGACCCUGGUCAAUGGGUGUCCAGAGUAUUGCGAAGACAUUAAAAAAGACUACAUUCCAGAAUCCUGCACAUGUCAGAAUCGCCGUAUAAGGUGUGUGGCCAUUGACGAUGUGGACCUGGAUAGUUUGUUUAGCUAUAUUGCUGAUGGCAUACCGUACGGCACCCGGGAGUACGAGUCGUUUGAAUUGGAGAGCAGUUAUAUAACAACAUUAGGCACGUCUGCAUUUCACGGCCUUUUGUUCAAGCAGUUUAUAUUUACGAGUUGCUCCAAACUGACCUGUAUCAGUCCAACGGCAUUUAUGGGUCAAAAGUCGACCACCAUAUUUAUGGCUGAAAAUACGCCAUUUUCGUCCCCGGUGACCGCCACGUGCGAUUUGUUCAGCGCAUUGAGUACAUUGACAAAUGUGAACCAGAUCAAUAUAGUCAACCAUAAAAUACCACAAAUACCGAACAAUGCGUUCAACGAUAAGAUGGGAGUAUUGGCGAACCUAAGGACCAUUGAUUUGCACAGCACGGGCUCAUUGGGCACCAUAAUCAGUGUGGGAAAAAAUGCUUUCUCAACACUUUUAAAUUUGAACAUGGUGAACUUAUCUAACCAGAAGAUUGUGGCCAUCGGUGACUCGGCCUUCCAGUUCCCGCGAGCCAAUUGGGAUCGCAUAACAAUUAACCUUGAGCAUAAUAACCUAAACGGUUGUAGGUUUGGGUCGCACGUAUUUCCCACGAACAAAGUGACCAAGCUCAUGUUGGCCGGCAAUAUGGACCUGACGUUCUUACCCGACGGCGCUUUCUACGACUUUUUCGAGGAAAGGGGUCACGACAGGAAUACGUGCGAUAUGUUGGGCAUCCCGAUGGAUAUUGACCAGCACAAUAUGUGGCUCGUGGACAAUAAAGGGCCCAUGAAGCUAGAUCAAAAAUUAUUGAAUGCUAUGGGAAAGGACGGCAUUCCACUCCUAAAGCAUACGCACAAACAGAUGGAUGUGCCGCCGCUAAAGCCGUGUUAAAUCACACGAUAAUAUUACAUGAUUUUGAAUGAAUUUUGUAUAAUUUUAAAAUUUAAUAUUUUUUGUUUUAUGUAUUGUAAUGAACAUUUAAAUUAUAUCUAAAAAAGUAUCAAGCAAUAUUUGUUUUGAAUGUAUUUUUAAAAUAAAGCAAAUGUGUAUUUUAUAUGAAUGAUGUCACAAUACAAAAUACAAUAAUUAAUAUUAAAUGAAAAAUAA